AUGGCAAAUCGUACAGUUCCAGAUGCGAUCGCUAUACAUGGAACAAAUCCACAAUAUUUAAUAGAAAAAAUUAUAAGGACCAGGAUAUACGAAUCUCUUUAUUGGAAAGAAUAUUGUUUUGGAUUGACAGCUGAAACUUUAAUAGAUCGAGCUAUUGACUUACAAUCAAUUGGUGGACAAUAUGGUAACCAAAAGCCUACUGAAUUUCUUUGCUUGACAUUAAAAUUACUUCAACUACAACCAAGUAAAGAGAUCAUCAUAGAAUUUAUUAAAGAUGAAAAUUACAAAUAUUUGAGGGCAUUAGGUGCAUUUUACCUAAGGCUUGUUGGAACCUCUUUAGAAAUUUAUCAAUACCUUGAACCAUUAUUGAAUGACUAUCGUAAAUUAAGGAAAAGAACAAUAGAUGGUGGGUUUAUAAUUGUACAUAUGGAUGAAUUUAUCGAUGAAUUGUUACGUGAAGAUCGUGUAUGCGAUAUAAUAUUACCUAGAAUAAUUAAACGACAUGUAUUAGAAGAAAAUGAAGAUUUAAAGCCGCGUGAAAGUGGGUUAUGUGAUUAA